AGUCCCCGCGCACCGAGAGAGGCCCCCAAGAUGGCGAUGCUGGCGGAGCCCCGGAGGAAGCAGAAAUGGUCCGUGGAUCCACGGAACAGCGCUUGGAGCAACGACGACUCCAAAUUUGGCCAGAAGAUGCUGGAAAAGAUGGGCUGGUCCAAAGGAAAGGGUCUCGGGGCUCAGGAGCAAGGAAAUCCAGAACACAUCAGGGUCAAGGUGAAAAACGACGUGCUGGGAUUAGGAGCUACCAUCAACCACGAGGACAACUGGAUUGCUCAUCAGGAUGACUUCAACCAGCUCCUGGCUGAGCUGAAUAGCUGCCAUGGACAGGGUGAAACAGAAUCCUCUGUGAAAAAGCAGAAAAAGACAUUCAGCCUUGAAGAAAAAUCCAAAUCUUCCAAGAAACGUGUCCAUUAUAUGAAGUUUGCCAAAGGUAAGGAUCUCUCAUCUCGCACUGAACAUGACCUGUCCUGCAUUUUUGGGAGAAGACAGAAGAGUGCCAAGACCCAGGAGGAUAUUGCUGAUCCUGACUCCCAGGAAGAGAGGAAUGACUCUCUCUCCAGCCCUGGAGAUUGUUCCAAUACGGUGAAGAGCGUUCUCACUGUCCAGGAAUAUUUCGCCGAGCGCAUGGCAAAGCUGAAGGGAUCCCAGAAGGAAACAGAAACAAAGGUGGAUCAUUCCAGCCCAACAGCUGACGAAGCUGUGGAGCCUUCAGAAGAGCUGGAAACCAAAGUCAAAAAGAAAAAGAAGAAGCAAAAGAGAGAUGAUGAGGCAGAGAGGACAGAGGACUGUGAGAAACCAGGGAAAAAGCCUAAGACAGGGAGCUUGAGUGGAAAAGAGCUGGAUGAUCCACUAAAUGAAUGUCACAAAAGGAAAAAAAAGAGGAAACAUAAAGAGGAGGAUGAAGGAGAAAACAUCAGUUGUGAUGAAAAUACAGGCAAUGGAGAAAUUUCUGUGGGAAUGUCUGAGGGGGAGGAACUCAGCGCAGAGGAGCAGGAGGAAAAGCAGAAGAAACGCCACAAGAAGAAGCACAGAAAGCAAAAAGAGGAGACAGGGGAGUGUGGGGAAGCAGCACUCAGAAAGAAAAAGAAGCACUGCAAGAACAUUUAACCCUUUCAGGCUUAAAGUCUGUGUUAGAGGAGGCUCUGUGUAAACACAGCACCAAUCCAGGCUUGGACACUGCUCCAGCUCCAGCAGGGACAGUCUGGAUCUAAACACAGUCUGGAUCUAAACACAGCCUGGAUCUAAACCCAGCUCUCCCAAGGGAAAACGUGGUGAUGGGCCAACAGGAGCUUCAGUGCCACGUUCAAAAGGGAUCCACAUGGAGGAUUAACACUCUGAAAGGCAGGGAAUGACUCUCUGCUGCUUCACACUGAGUGUUUUUCUCAAUCUGGGAAAAAGAAUUUUAAAAUCACCCUAGUACUGCCUUGUUACUGAAAUUGUUUUCACUUGUGAGAGCCCAGCUCUGCGUUUGGAAGCAGAGAUGGGGGUUGCAAAGCUGUCUGUCUUUUUCCACUGAUUUCUGCAAAGUGGUGUCUAAUUUUUACAUUUGUCUCUUUUUACAUAUAAAAUGAAUGUUGUUUCUUCCCAGAAUGCUUACUCUGAUUAAAAGUUUGCUCCUGAGAGUCAGCACUAAAGGAUGAAAUAAAAAGACCUCCCUGUGCCUCCGAA